AUGGCGCUGGGCACAAAUGAUGAUAGGAGUUCUGUGUCGCCGGCCUCGGAUAUCCAACAUACCAGCUUGGACAAUUCCCAACCAACCGAGAAACAGAAGGACAACGGGACGCCAGAGAUACCAAGCUACACAGAAGCUCUGCCCACCUCUACAAAGAGCUCCGCGGAUUAUCCAAUUUCUCCAAAGACAGGUAGGAUUCUGGAAAGCAUUAGCACCGUCCCUCCUACACAUGGGCGCCUUGUCCCUCCUACACAUGAGCGCCUUGUCCCUCCUACACAUGAGCGCACUGUCCCUCCUACACAUGAGCGCACUGUCCCUCCUACACAUGAGCGCACUGUCCCUCCUACACAUGAGCGCCUUGUCCCUCCUACACAUGAGCGCCUUGUCCCUCCUACACAUGAGCGCACUGUCCCACCUACACAUGAGCGCCUUGUCCCUCCUACACAUGAGCGCACUGUCCCACCUACACAUGAGCACACUGUCCCUCCUACAGAUGAGCGCCUUGUCCCUCCUACACAUGAGCGCCAGUCCAUCGCAGUGCGGUCACCUCUACCUCCACACACCACACGUGACCAAACAUUUUCCAAUGACGGACCCAACACAGGUGAGGAACAGACACCGGCCACCAAUAGCAGAACUUCACCAAAAGAAGAUUUGGAUGGAGAUGUCUCUGUGUUGGUGGACAAGAAUCACCCAAAGGACAGUCCAGUCCAAGCAACACCAAAAUCACCGCUGCCACCUUCUAAAGACAAAAAGAAUCCGGAUUCCAAUCCGAGAAACCCCCAAAAACCAAUCACAGAGAAAGAACAAAGGUCAAAGUUCACUUUUCUACCUAAAAAGGAUCAACUCAAAGCCAAACUCUUCUCCAAAGGUGUCCAAUGGGGCCGCAAAUCCGCAUACUCAGAUCCAUCUAUCCAUCACCAGAUCCAUCCAUCACCAGAUCCAUCCAUCCAUCACCAGAUCCAUCCAUCACCAGAUCCAUCCAUCACCAGAUACAUCCAUCACCAGAUCCAUCCAUCACCAGAUACAUCCAUCACCAGAUACAUCCAUCCAUCCAUCCAUCACCAGAUCCAUCCAUCACCAGAUCCAUCCAUCACCAGAUCCAUCCAUCACCAGAUCCAUCCAUCCAUCACCAGAUACAUCCAUCAUCACCAGAUACAUCCAUCACCAGAUACAUCCAUCCAUCUGUCCAUCACCAGAUACAUCCAUCAUCACCAGAUCUAUCCAUCCAUUACCAGAUCCAUCUAUCCAUCACCAGAUCCAUCCAUCACCAGAUCCAUCCAUCCAUCACCAGAUCCAUCCAUCACCAGAUCCAUCCAUCACCAGAUACAUCCAUCACCAGAUCCAUCCAUCACCAGAUCCAUCUAUCCAUCACCAGAUACAUCCAUCCAUCUAUCCAUCACCAGAUACAUCCAUCACCAGAUCUAUCCAUCCAUCACCAGAUCCAUCUAUCCAUCACCAGAUCCAUCCAUCACCAGAUCCAUCCAUCAUCAGAUCCACCCAUCCAUCAACAGAUCCAUCCAUCAACAGAUCCCUCCGUCCAUCACCAGAUCCAUCCAUCCAUCCAUCAUCACCAGAUCCAUCCAUCACCAGAUCCAUCCAUCACCAGAUCCAUCCAUCACUAGAUCCAUCAUCACCAGAUCCAUCCAUCACAAGAUCCAUCCAUCCAUCACCAGAUCCAUCCAUCACCAGAUCCAUCUAUCACCAGAUAGAUCCAUCACUUCCAUCACCAGAUCCAUCACCAGAUCCAUCCGUCCAUCACCAGAUCCAACCAUCACCAGGUCCAUCCAUCACCAGAUCCAUCUAUCCAUCCAUCAUCACCAGAUCCAUCCAUCACCAGAUCCGUCCAUCAUCAGAUCCGUCCAUCCAUCACCAGAUCCAUCCAUCAUCACCAGAUCCAUCCAUCAGAUUUUGUCAUAG